CCCAUCCGAUACCCAUUUCAAGCCCAAUGUUUGUGAACAGUGAUGCUCAAUCAAACCUCUCCAAUACCCAUUUCACACCCAUUAUUUUUGUACAUUGAUGCUCAAUCGAACCCAUCCGAUACCCAUUUCAAGCCCAAUGUUUGUGAACAGUGAUGCUCAAUCAAACCUCUCCAAUACCCAUUUCACGCCCAGUAUUUGUGUACAGUGAUGCUCAAUCAAACCUCUCCAAUACCCAUUUCACGCCCAUUAUUUUUGUACAUUGAUGCUCAAUCGAACCCAUCCGAUACCCAUUUCAAGCCCAAUGUUUGUGAACAGUGAUGCUCAAUCAAACCUCUCCAAUACCCAUUUCACACCCAUUAUUUUUGUACAUUGAUGCUCAAUCGAACCCAUCCGAUACCCAUUUCAAGCCCAAUGUUUGUGAACAGUGAUGCUCAAUCAAACCCAUCCAAUACCCAUUUCACGCCCAUUAUUUUUGUACAUUGAUGCUCAAUCGAACCCAUCCGAUACCCAUUUCACGCCCAUUAUUUUUGUACAUUGAUGCUCAAUCAAACCCAUCCAAUACCCAUUUCACACCCAUUAUUUUUGUACAUUGAUGCUCAAUCAAACCUCUCCAAUACCCAUUUCACCCCCAGUAUUUGUGUAUGUCUUGGUUCGUCCAAGCGAUAGAUCCACCUUGGAGAGGACCAAAUCUGUCGCGGCGUUCACACAGGAGUACGACGUUGACAUCAAGGAAAACUUCUUUCAAACCUUCAAGGACAUCUUAAGAUUUAGCGGAGAUCUACUCAUCCUACGUCUCCUCAUUGGACUCUCGGUCAUGUUGUAUCGAAACAAUUUCAUUCUGAUCAUGGAGGAGCGGUUUAACACCACGCCCAAAACCACCGGAUUUCUGAUCAGUUAUGGCGCCCUCAUUGGCGUCAUAUCCGGAAUGGUCGUCGGCAAAAUCGUUGAGUUGUACGGCGACAUGUCAAAGCUACUCCUGCACGCUAACAACCUCUUAAUCGUAACGAUGAUAGGGUUGACGUUUGCGCCCAGUCUCUCCGCGAUCGUUUUCUUUUUGACGCUGCUGUCGGUAACCAACUCCAUCUCGCGGGUUUGCGUCACAGAUAUCAGUAUUAGGAGAGGGAAGUUGAAAAAUUCCGGCGCGCUGCUCGGGAUCAGUCAGUCCGUGGCGUCUGUGUCGCGAUCGAUUUCUCCGUUUCUUAGCGGGGUGAUGUUUACGAUCAGUCCGCAAGCCCCUGCAGGGGCUGGGGUACUCUUAGCCAUCACUGCGACUGCUUUGAUGAUCGUUAAACGUCCCGAUGAGAGAGAGACAGAAGUCGAGGCAAAGAAGUUGUGACGUCUAAAGAAGUCAAUUAUUCAGGCAUGAUAUUGUUCCUACUUAAGUCGGAUUUCCUAUUUAUUUGCCCUCGGAAAAAUAAGGAAAAUUCGUUUCAAAUAACCUGAAAAGACUAUGAAAGCUUAAACUUUUCCUAUUUUUUCCAAACAGCCAAAUACAAUGCCUGAUUAUUAAUCCAGCUUAGACCUUUCUUUCUUUCCUCGAUUUAAAGGAUAACUUUGUGUUGGAUCGGUCGAGUUGGUCUAUGAAAAGCGUUUGUAAC